GUACUGAAUUAGAUCGCCCAAUGAUUUGGUUUUCCCCACCCCCAAGCGUGUAAUGAUGUUGUCGUAGUGACUAUUAGAUAUUUGAGAGGUUUAGUGCGUGGGUUAAGUUUAGUGUUGGAAAUUGGGCGCUGCUAGUAGAUGUUGAUUAGUAUUGCAAUGAAUGGCGAUUGGAUGUGUCAGAUAUGAUAUUUAAUGUCGACGUGUGAAAGUAUGCAUUCGGAAUAGAUAGAUGUGUUGAUUGGAUUGUAUGAAUUUCUGUAAGCGACGAAAAUGUUUCAAAAAACACAGACGCUGAGUUUGUUAUUCGUCUGGUUCCCGGUGACGUGUUGCCGAAUGAUAGAGGACCUCUCAUCAGAUUGCCAAUGUAGCGCGGGUCAUUCUGGUACCACCAUAGCCUGUAACUAUGGAAACAGGACUGACGUACCGAAGUUACUACUAGCUAGUCGUUCAUACCUGGGCCAGGAGUCCUGGAAGUCGCUCGUUGUAUUCGGUAACUCUAAUGUCAUCACAUUUCCCCUUGAUUAUUUCACAGGAAUUAAGAACAUAGAUACCCUUAGUUUUCACGAUAUCAAACUUCAAUCGAUACCCAACAUAUUUGAGAACCUCCAACACGUGUAUACGAUGGACCUGUCCGGUAAUAGAAUAGAAAUCAUCAGCACGAAUAAUUUACAAAAGCUCGGAGUCCGUCUUCUGAAUCUUUCUAAAAAUUCCAUCAGCUAUUUGGAGCCAAAUGACUUGUCCUGGAUUCCUUCCAUCGAAAUUCUAGACCUUUCAGAUAACAAGAUAACGGAGAUUCCAAAGGGUUUCUUCAGAACCACGAGACUCAUUCGAAAAGUUGUCUUAUCCUUCAAUUCAUUGACGGUCAUCUCAAAACAUGUAUUUUCUGGAUUAGAGGCCACGUUACAAGAUCUUUAUCUCGGAGAGAAUCUUAUUUCUGAUAUUCAUCCGCUGGCAUUUAGUAACUUAAUUGAAUUAAAGCUACUAGAUCUCUCUGGUAACCCAUUGAAUCCGAAAAUCGAUAUACUGAGUUCUUUGAAACUACCUCUGCACAUAGCGCAUCUAGACCUUCAGAGAACAGCCCUGAAGACGUUUCCGUUUUGCUUCGUCCAUGAUCUGCACGACUUAGAGUACAUCAAUCUCCAAGAAAAUUACUUAGAAUGUUCUUGCGACCUUGUGUGGGUCGCGCAACAUUUGAAACACCAUUAUUAUCCUUCCCGGGACUCGCAACCAGAGCAGCUUGCAAUUCAGUGUCUGAGUACGGAUGACAGAGCGGAAACAAUGUCAACUUUAAAACAAGACUGUAUAAAUAAACCUAGACAGCCGUGUUCUAGAACCGACCCUUUAUCCCAGCUUCAACAAAGACUGCAUGAUCUUCAUUACGUGGUAGAAAUAAGAAAAGGAAAGAUCUGGAUGCAUUGGGGGCGUGUGAAUUCCUCCAUGGUUUAUGCUUACCGUAUAACCGUGAAAGAAGAAGGAAAGGAUAACGAAUAUUUCUAUGGUCCAGUUACAAUCCACCCCAGUUCGGACCAUUUCACAAUUGAGAGUUUUGACCUUAAAAAUACUAAACUCAUAGUAUGUUUGCACGUGAUGGCAAAUGCCACUGGUCGUUUAUAUAAGAAGUGUGUCUCCGUGGAGGACGAAUCUCUCAGUAGCAUUGUGGGUAUUUUGGCAGGCAUAAUUUUCCUUGUUCCGUGUUUACUUGCUUUAGGUCUGGUGAUUUAUUAUGAUAGAAAUCACAAACGGAGGGACGACUCAAACAGGACAUUUCUAAAAACAUCUGUAUCCUAUUCCGAAAGCAGCAGAGAAACAAAAACACUCGGUUCAUCCGAAAGUAGCAAAUCCAUCGUCGAUGUAGAGGGCGUUGCUGGAAAUAGAAAAUCCAUUGCAGAUGGCGAUGGAAUCAAUGAAAGUGACAAAGGACCGUUCAGUGAUGUGCGUUCUGCAGAGUCAGAAGAUGUAACGGAGUCAAUUUCACUACUUAUCACAGAAGAAUAUGUUUCUACCGUGUAAAUUUUAUUUCAGUAACGCGAGAGUUGAAUGAGUAACGCGAGAAUUUAGUGGGCAAAUUCAGACUUAAGAGUAUGUUUUUUUUUUAAACUAAAUACCAUAUGUUCAGUAUGAAACAAUUGUAUGUCAACAUUAGAUGAAUAACUAAAACAUCCAUACAGUUUUUCAAGCUAUUUCAGUUGAUCAAAGGGGUUUUGUUAUGUUUAUAUAAAAUAUUCUGUAUUUUAAGGAUUAUAAGAUGUACAGCUUGUUGAUAUGUGGCGAUUUUACCAAUUUAGCUGUCUCAGGGACAAUGUUGACAUUUUAGUCUUAACUUUCAACUGUCUAAAUGUCCUUACUAUUAUCAACAAUACGUGGAUAUCCGUAUCCAUUCAUGUAUGUUAUAUAUUCAAGGGUGUUAAAAAUGUUUGAAAUAGUUACGUGAAUUACAUGUAUCGUAUAAAAUUAUAUUUUAAGAUAGGGCGAUGUAUGCUGAAGAUUAUGCUUAAAGAUUGUGUUUUAGAAUAGGGCGAUAUGAGCUAAUAGUUGAAUCAAUGUUGAAAAUAAGGCUACGUGAGUUAUUAUUGAAAGUUAUGUUGUAAGAUAGGGCAAGGAGGAUUAUAUAAGAAAAUUGUUUUAUAUAAUAUAGCGAUACGGGUUAUGAAGAAUCGGGAGAAUGAUAUUAUGUUAAAUCUUUAUAGGGAAAAUAAAGCAUUAAUUUUUUUCCUUUAAA